AGUACAACAACAACACAACGCAGCAUUGCCCCUCUUUUCUCCCCAAUCCACUUCUUCCGUUUCAUUUACAACCUUGAGAUAGCAAUUGUCCUCGUCGCCCUUCACGUCUCAGGUGUUCUCUUCUCGCUUUUUCUCCUUCCCCCUCUUCCACGCUAAGCAGCUUGAGAGCUCUCGCCGUUAAUCCCUGCGAGGAUCCCUUUGCUGUCCGAUCGCAUGCCCCAUAGCCAGCGUCCUCCAUCAUCAUAUUCAAUAUUCGUGUGUUAGGAACGCUUUUUCUCUUUCGCUGAGCCUUUGUUGGCUUCGUAAACCUCCUUGUCUGGCGGCCAUUGAGCCAACAACAACCCAAUCUGGGAUACUCCCCUCUCUGCGCGAAACUCCCAUCCCUCCAGCAAGGAAAUUAUUACCAGACACACCAACGGGGUGAGGAGCGAGGCCGCACCCCGCCUCGCACUGCGACAAUGGUGCUUCUCCGUUUGACUGUCAAAGUUUACCCCCGGGAGCAGCUUGGUCGGCCAUCUACGCCAAAUCAGGCUGGGGAAAAUGAGGGCCGCAAAUCCAUCAACUUUCUCCUACCGGUACACCAGCCGGAACGGGUGAUGCUGGGGAAUUUGGCUCAUAUGAUACGGGAGAAAUGGAUGACAUUACAGCCUGACGCUGGACCGCUCGAAAUAAAGAAGCUCGUAGAUGACAAGCACCCGGAGGACACCCUGGAUGCAGCAUUGACAGUGGCAGAUGUGUUUGUGGACAACGGGAAAGCUCUUGCCGACGGCCUAGAUCAGAGAGGGGCAGUACGGGUCAUCCAACAGCCUGGGCGCCCGGAGCGAUAUGGGUCUGUGGUCCAGGAUUGGGGUGCUAUAGCGAGCAAUUACGCUCGUCCCGCUCCGCCGUUAUUUUUGGAUCAGCUACGUCACGAAGAUCGUCCCAUACAUACUGGAUUCAGAGGGGGGCCUGUCGCUGGCCCCUCGCAUGCUGCGCAGGUUCCAGAGUCUGACUAUGUACCCCAGUCCAGCGAGAUUGGUGAAGAAAGAUCCAGCGGAUAUGAUAACCAUACCCAUGCGUCGCCUAUUUUGGUGGAAGACUCGCAGAAACCCAGAAUCUUCGCUUCUUCUGCUGGCAAAAGCCUGGACUCACGCAACUAUGAAUGCACCAUGCCGAAAGACCUUAGUCGAUCCGUUAUGACUACCCAGGAAGAAGAUAUAGGUUAUGGCGGUACUAUUCACGAUGCAUUGAAAUAUACAAAUGCUAAGGAUGAAGCGGCAAUGCGAGGGAUAGAGCGACAGGAAUUGCUGAGCGCCAGCAUGCCCCCACCACGAGUUUCGGCGGCGCCGCAGUCCUCAUUUCCCAGCCACAAACUUCGUUCCACGUCUUCGACACACAGCAACUUGAAUGCUACAACAUCCCAUAAGAGAGAAGCAGAAGCUGUGGACAUCUAUGCCAUUCCCUCCACUAGCCAGGAGAAGUUCAAAACACCUCAGAAGCCUCAGUCUACCAAACGACAACGAAAGAAUAUAAGUCGAACUGAUGAAUUCACAAUAAAAAACAAUAUGGAAACUCUACUUGCGUCCCCUGGAGAUAGAGCGAACAACGCGAUCAUCGUUGAUAGCGAUGUAGGUGAGGAUAAGCGGACUAAUCAGGCCCAGAGCCCAAGGGAUGAUAAUGUAACCACCGAAAAUCAAUCAGGUAUUCGACGUGGGACUAGGAAGUCAAAUAUUCGCGGCCCCGGAAGAAUAUCCAUGGCACUUAAGCCCGCGAUUGCGCCUCCUGGGAAUGCGAAAACUUCCACCCCAGGUUCGACCGGUACUACGAAAGCACCUGCAAAGAAGAGCAUCUCUGUCGUAAUCGCCGAUUCAGAUAUUGAAAUUGUCGAUCGGCCCAAACAACACACGGAGAGGAGCAGUGGUGGUCAGCAGGGGGACACCUCCCAACCUAGAGGAAAUGUAAUCGAUGGCGGAAAUAACGAUGAAGGAGAUCGCAAUGCAUCGACUGGCGCAAAUGGCACGAACUCCGCAAAAAGAGGUUCAACUCAAAGGUCCAAUGCCUACCAGUUAUCACAUGUGGAUGCUGAAGAUAGCAAUCCUAUUUACUCCGAUGUCUCAGAUAGCAAUAUCCCGGAUGAUUCCGGAGCGUCUUCUUCAAGGGCGCAGAAAAAUACUCAAAUCGCGACCCCCCAGAAGCCUACACAAAAGCCGACCUCUUCGCCGGUUGAGAGACGCCAAACUCCAGGUAGUGGCAGCGCGCCCUACUCACAGACUCAUAACAGCCUUGGCAUCCUUGAAUUGACAACGGAUCCAGAUAACAUUCCCGAGAAACCAUCUCACAGCUCUCCCAGUCGCCCUCGCGGUGCACAGGAGCUCGAACUGGGAAUUACGUCACCACCGCCGAAACUCUCAAGAACUCCUUCGACGAGCCAGCCAGUUGUUGCUCCUGAUGCCAGGGGAAACACCAGGAGUGGUGUGUCCACCACGCCAGCGUUUCCCCGCCCGCGUCCAGCAAGCCAAAGUCAAACGGAGCGUCGGGGUUCCCGUCUAGAAUCCGAGAAAAGCAGCACGGGCGAUCCGCGUACGCCUGUGAUGUCGGCACUGCGUUCAGUUCAAAAAUCUACGCCCAGAACUGUAUCUAGCCGACGUUCUGUUUCAUUCGUCGACGAUCCAAAAGUUGACUCGCAGCCCACUCCCUCUUCGGCCUCAUCGGUGAAAAUCGGCAACACCAUGUAUCCACCCGGAACAACAGUGGAGUGGGUUGAAUGGCAGCGUACGGAUGCUAAGCUUCAAAAGAGAAUCGAUGAAGCAAGGCUCCAAGGAAAGAGCCAAGGCUAUUGCGCGCUCUUGGAAGAAGUUAAGCAUUUUACGGAGAAGUUGUACGAUGCCAACUCGAAGAAGAUUGGAUUUAAAAUUACCAAGUACGAGCGGAAGUUGAACAAGGCCAAGGAAAAUCUUCAGGAUCAUCCUGAAGAGGAUCACCAUGCGGCAAGUAGCUCAGGGGAUGGUCAUCUUGAGAAUAACCAUAGGAGAGAAGACGAAAGUAUGAAAAGAAGCAAGAACCACACGGAUGUGAUGGGGACACCAAAGGGGACUAGAAAGAAGUUGAAGCACCAAACUGGGCUUGAUGGUACCUCGGAGGAAGAGUCUCAAGGCGAGAAGCCCCACGCCAAACAGCUAUCAGAUACUCCUGCUCCCGGGGAUUCCCUAGUCUCCCCUUCACUUGAGACUCCUUCCACAGGUAACUUUGUUGUGGCUAUCAGCCCAUCACCAGGAGGAAUGGGCAAUGGAAUCCCAGGAAAGAAUGUGGAAGAGGCAAAAACCUCUAAGGUUGGAAACGGGCUGAAACGAAAACGACCAGAAUCGGGCACUGUCAAAUCGCCCGACAACACUAAGCGCGUCCGGUCGGACUACAGACCCCAUUCCGUAGAGCCUGAGCGAGAGCGAGAGCCGAAUAACAUGAAUACGAAUUCCCCGGGGCAAGAACGCUCGGAGGAACCAGAACAGCGCAACGGAAAAUCUCCCGCCAGAGAUCCCAUGUCAUCAUCAGACUCCAGCAGCUCCGAUUCUGACACCGACUCAGAAUCCGACUCCAACCUCACCCCAGCGAACGCCAAUAUAGGCAAUCGGCCCUCCUUGCCUCCUCCCGGAGGCUCAGCGCGGAGGUCCCUGGUCACGCCGUUCCGCAGUAUCAACAAAACCUGGCCGAACAAUGGUGCUCAGUGGUUAUCGGAAGAACCAGAAAAUACCCACACCACCACUACUACUCCCAAAGGGGCUGCCACCGGAUUCGGUGCGCCAACGUCAUUCUCCCAGCCUGCACCUGGUAGUACCGGUACUGGUGGUGCUAGCAGCCCGAGAACGUCCAGAAUACCUAUGAAUGGCGGAGUCCGUGGUGCUCCACGCGACACGUUGAAAACGCUUUUAGAGCGCCAGAAGGGGAGUGAGGAUGAGGGUAGUGCGAAGAACAUGUCUGCGUCUGAGAAUGGUGACGGUGCGCAGGGCGAGUAUGGUGGUGGUAGUAACGGGUUCCGCGGUCUGAAUGUCCUCCUCCGCAGGGCUGGGCUUCGGUAAUUUUUGCUAUGGAGGUUUCUCCUUUCUUCUAUUUCCAUUUGCGAAUUUUUACCCCAAAUGCCAGUUAAACGGUGUUGUCCCUGGCCGCCAGGCAGGAAUUUCGGUUUCUGCUUUUUUUCGUCUCCUAGUAGAUCGGGACUUUUGUGAAUUAUCUAUUUGAUUAUCUGAUUAUUUGCUUUUUGUGAUUGGUGUUAAGAGGGAGCAAAACUGCGGAUAGUAUGGUAGCAAGCGAACUCUUGUAAUUUGAAGCGACUGAUUUCUGUAUGUUUUUCCCGUCUUCCAUUUCCUCUUUGUCUUCAAUAUCCCCCUCCUUACCUGUUUUUUCCGUGACGCUCAAUCCCCCUAUUCCUGUCCAUGGGAGCAUAUCCGCUACCCGGGUUUGAAGAAUGCUUUUAGAUGUUGGGCGUGAAGGGAAGUGAUACCCGGGGGGUGUGUCCCAAUCGGUGAAAUGGGAAUGAGGGCGGUGCAACAGGAUUGUUGAGCCCUUUUGUUUGAUUGGGCCUUUGAAAGCGUUUGCGUCUCCCAAUUCUGGAGCCUGCAUAGGAAGACCUACGUAGGCGAUUUCGUUUGUUCUACUACUCCCUUUCUCUUUCUAUGUGGUUUGUGUAUGAUAGUUGUUCUACGUCAAGUUGAUUUGAUAGCUAUUGAAUUAGCUAGUUAGUUCAUUUGAAGAAUAUAUGUAGGUAGGGAGGUAAAUAACUUCAUGCAAAAUUGCAAAACCAGAUCGCGGCACAUGGUUCCAAAAAAUACAUCCGGCUUAAGCUGUUAGUUAUUCGAAA